UUUGUGUAUUUGGUUUUUCAGUUUGAGAACAUAGUGGCCAGUGAAGAUGAAGUAUCCAAAUUCAGGCUUCCUGAAACUCGUGAUUACCAUGCUGAAAUUUUGAAAUUGGAGCCUAAAGGAUCAAAUCAUGGUCUAGACAUUUUGACCAAUGAAGUCAUAGAAUUGAGAAAAGAGCUUGUAAAAGUGAAUGAAAAUAACAAAGCGCUUGAAGAGAAGAUUGAUUUAGGAUUCAAUCAAAUCAAAGAAUUUGUGGUGAACUCAAACAAACAAUUAUUGGAGGAUAUUUCUUUGCUGUUUGCUAAGAGUGGUGGUAGCAGCUCUGUUAUUCGAGAAGUUAAGGAACCAUCUAAGAAGCAUGCUGACGAGACAUUUUCAGGUGGAUUAGAUUUUAAUGGAGGUUCGUUUAUAAAUGACACGAAUUCGAUAUUUCAUUUUUCAGUUAACUUUGAUAUGUUUUUUUUAAUAAUAUGUUAAUUACAUAUACAACAUUUUCUCCCCGUGUUAAUGCAUCUGUAAAUGAAUCGAGAGGGAACGAUGCUCAUGUUAUGGGAUCAAAUCAAAAUGAAGAAUCUCAAGUGCUUAAAGCUACAGUUAGAUUUGCUGAUGUUGAAAAUUUUGAAAGAGUAUCAAGUAAAAUAGAUGAAGAUGUUGCAGGAAUUGUUAUUGAAAAAGUUCUAUCAGAGGUUGUUGCUGAUAUAAAUGUCCAAGAGGCUGCUGAUGUGAAUACAGUUGGGGCGAAACCUGAUGAUGCAACAGAGGAUUGUCAAAAACCUUUGCAUACUUUAGAUGACUUUAUUUUACUUGAUAAAGAUCUUUCUCAGAUCAAUAGGACUGAAGAAUCUUAUCUAAAAAAAAGAGCCCAAGUUGAUCAAAACAAAAAGAAAGUGUCACCGAAGAAACGUGGCAGAAAGAAAAAUCCAGGAAAGUUAAUAACAUCUCCCUUCACACAACAUUUUGAAUCUGGAGGAACUUUAUGUGUUACACGUCAGGUUUUUGAGACAAAACAUCCUUUUUUAUAUGCAAGCGGAGGAGAUGAUGAAUCUGAUUUGAUCGAUUCAUUCACUAAGUGGCUUUAUAUGGGUACAAAAAAGAGGGGAAAGAAACCUUAUACAGAUGCUCUUAAUGUUAUCAAUCCAACAUUUGAAUUGGGUGUCUGUACAGUAGAUGAAAGACUCUGGUUUUUCAAAUUGGCACAUUCUGGACAACAAUGGUGUGAUGAGCAUAUUGAUGUCAUUUUCUAUUACCUAAGAAAGAAAGGAAAAUAUGAUACCAACAGUAAUGUUCGUUUUACGACGACUGAUUGUGUUUUCAAGACAAAGAUUACCAAUUCUUUCUUUAAACUUUGUGAUGCUCAUGAGGAUAAGAAAAAUUUUAAAGUUUUAGAUUCUGAUGAUAUUGCCCGGUAUAUCAGUGGACGUCGUUUGUUGGCAAGUACCUCGUGGGAUAAAGUGGAUUUUGUUCUUAUUCCACUAAACAUUAAAGAGAAUCGUCACUGGAUUUUUGUGGUGUUUGAUAUUGGGCAAAGGUCAUUGGAGGUGUAUGAUUCAUUUCCGGCUAGGGGUGGGGUGAAUUUAGAGGUAAAAAAUAUUGUUGAGAUGCUUUCGGUUGUUUUACCAUAUUAUCUAAGUGUGGUUAAGUUCUAUGAUAAGCGUCCUGAAUUGAAGUCAACACCAAAAUACAGUGAGAUAAAUGAGUUCGAGAAAAUUGAGUUUCAUUUCAUAACUAAAGAUGUUCCCAGACAAAAUGAGGAUUCACUGGAUUGUGGAGUUUUCGUUGCUGCAUUUGCGGAGUUUGUAAGUAAUGGCCAACAUAUUCAAAAUCAACAAGUAAAGGCAGACAUUGUCCGAAAGAGAUUUGGAGCUAUAUUAUGGGAAUAUGCAAGAAGGAAGCAAGCGAGUGACCUUCAAAGUGAAGACGAAAGACCAGUUAGAUAAAGGAAUAUAGUUAUAUUAGUUAGUAUGACUAUGAAAACUAUAUACUGUAAAAUAAUUUGUAGUUACUAUGGCUAUGAAAAAUUGUAUUGGUCUAUUUUGUAAGUCUUGAUAUUAUAUACCUAACUGUGUUGUUUAUAUGUAAGUCUUCUAUUUGAAGUUGUUC